AUGACUGAAUUAAAACACAGGUUUCUACCUGUAGAUAAAGUGGAUUCAAUUAAAGAUACAUCAAAAUACACUGUUUUAAAAAAGUUACAAGAUUUCAGUUUUCAAAGUGUGGCCACCUUUUCAUCGGAUGAAAAAAACAUAAAUGGCAGUAAUAAUCAUAGUUCAUCAUCUACUAGUUUGAUCAGCGGUGGGUUUGGGUUAUUGAAGAAAGCAGUAGUUGGUACAGUUCACCACUCCGAAAAUAAAGUGGAAACACAAACUUUUUAUUUUACCGAUUUAGAUAGUGGUAAGUGUGGUUUGAUCCAGUUUGUGUUUUCUAAAGUUAUGGGGGGCUUAUACAAAUCUGUUCAAUUAAAUUUUAAAUUGUUUAGCAGUGAUCCAAAUGAAAACAAAGCCUUUAAUUUUUGGCAAACCAUAAAAUUAGGUGAAAUAAUUAAAUUUACUGAUUUGGAAUUCAAAACUAAAGAAUGCUCCAUGAAAAUCAAGAAUACUAAGGAUAAAUCUUCAUUUGGUAAAAUGGUCUUGAAAGUGGAUAUUGAUAAUUACUGUCACCCAAGUGAUAGCGAAGAAUCGGAUAAUAAUGAACAACAUGAUCACAUUCAUAAUACCGACAGCAGCAUUUCCUUGCAUAUUUUUUUGAAUGUUUAUUUAACCGGUGAAGGAUUUAAAAUCAAUAAUAAUGGAUGUAACUAUUAUUUCGAUAAAUUAACUACUGAGUUGGAAAGUAAUAAGUUUGUAAGACACGUUUUCAUCCCAAGAGGACGUGCAAAGGGUGAAAUUAAAGUCAAAUCUGAAAAAUUAAUGGGUGGGAAAGAGCAGAUUUUGACCUUAAAAGAAGUUCCUACUUUAUACAUUGGUGCCGUUCAGGCAUUAAAACCACACAAGGCUGCUAAAGCUUGGAAUUUUGUUAAUUAUCAAAGCAAAGAUACGGCCAUUGUUGUUAUGGAGUUUACUACAAUUAAAGAGUAUGGUGGGCCACUUACUGUAACGUUUGGUUGUGUUCAUCACAAGGGUAAAUUAGUUGAAGUUUAUAGUAAUAACAAACCGGUUUCAUUAAAUGCUGAAGAAUAUCAAGGAAGUAAUGGGUAUAAAGCAGAUGAGAGGGAUGGAUAUAGGAGAAUAAAUUGUGUUCAAAAAAAUAAAGUUGAAGGCAAAACACAGCGUGUUUGGAAAGUGCCUACUGCGAUAGAAUGUCCAGAGAAACUAUUAUUUUCUGAAAACAAUUUACAAUUGGUAGCUACAUAUGAUAUUAUUAAAGAGUUACCCAGUAUUGUACGUAAAUUGAUUGAAAAUAUAGCCGGUAUCAAACCAUAUCUAUUUCAGUACUGUCAGAAUAGCACUGUUGAAAUACACGGACAUGAAGAAAAGGGUAUUUCCAUUGUAGAAUGCACUUAUAUUACGAAAUAG